CCCUCGAUGGUUGCACGAGACGCUUUUGCCUGCCUCUCCCAACUACGAACCGAACGAAUAGUUAUUGGAUAACAUUUCGAUUCAAGCCUCCAUCCGCCAUUUUCAGCAGAUUGAAAGCAGGUAGACAAAAAUCACAGUGCUGAUCAAAAUAAAACCGAUCCCAUGUGAGCACAGCCUGCCGAAAGUGUCCAUGUGGAGUCUUACCUGAGUGACCAUGGCUGUUCCUGAAGGGACAAUGGAAACGCUUGCUGACAUUCCACACCAUGUGUGGAAGAGCUUGCCCGAUGGCCUGAGACUAAGCCCCUCUGCCGUUGAUCAAAGUCGAAUUGGUGUCUGGGCCUCUAGGUCGAUUCCUAAAGGCAAGAGGUUCGGCCCUUUUGUAGGAGAGAAGAAAAAGCGGUCCCAGGUGUCCAGCAAUGUAUACAUGUGGGAGGUGUAUUUUCCAGCCAGGGGCUGGAUGUGUGUGGAUGCCACAGACCCCAUGAAGGGGAACUGGCAACGGUAUGUAAACUGGGCUAACUCCACUCAAGAACAGAACCUUUUCCCCAUGGAGAUAAACCGAGCCAUUUACUACAAAGUUUUACGGCCAAUUGGGCCAGGGGAUGAGCUGCUGGUGUGGUACAAUGGGGAAGACAAGCCUGAGAUAACAGCUGCACUAGAGGAAGAAAGAGGCAGCAGUCUGAGCAAGAAAAAUCCACCCAGGGCAAAGCGAGCCAGAAGAAAGCUGUUGGAGGGAGCAAGACAGGCUGGUUUGGGUGCAUUCCGUGGGCCCAAGCAAACAGGCGUAACCAAACCUAUUCUCAAAGAGAUGUGGGACACAGAGGAAGGUCCAAAUGAGGAAGACGAGAGACUCUCCCAAUCACCAAGGCCUUCCAAGGGGACUCGGGAGAGCUCCCCCAUGGGGAGGAACGGCCUCUCUCAAGCCCAGUUCAUCUCAGCAGCAAUGAGAGGGGAAGCGGAGGAGGAUGAUGAAGAGGAAGACCCAGGGGAUCUGCAGCAGCCGCUGUCACUGACACAGCAGAGUGCUCAGUCUGCUACUGAAGCUGAGCCAGAGGAGAGGAGUGAGCAGCCUGAUCUGCCACUAAGCCAUAGCAGCCCAGUUGAGGAGGGGCCUGGGAGCCUUCAGCAUCACACUGAGACUGCCUCAUCCCUACCAAGGGCUGAACCAGAGGCAGACCCUGACCCCGACCCUGACCUGGAAGGUGACCCCCACGGAGAGGAGUCCCAUCCCUGCCAGCACUGCGAGCGCCAUUUCUCCACCAAACAGGGGCUGGAGCGCCACACACACAUCCAUGCCACCGCAAACCAGCAAACGCACACGUUCAAAUGCCGCUACUGUGGCAAGUCCUUCGGCUCGCAGGUGGGGCGUCGGCGGCACGAGCGGAGGCAUGAGAACGGGCCAAAGAACAAAGGCCAAAGGCCUGGCUCACUAGCUGGGACUGCUACUUUACUCACUCCUCUGGGGCAGGCUGGUGGUUCGAGCCCAGACUGUGGCACUGUCUCUGGCCACUAUGUUGUCAGGGGCUCCCCUAUCCCUGGAGGACCUAUGGGGAGCCUUGAGGUUGUCAGGAAGGACCCUGCGGCUGAGAGUGACCGGCCGUUUAUCGUGGAUGAGAAUGGUGAGACAAAGGAGCUUCAUCCCUGCAAGUACUGUAAUAAGGCUUUCGGCACUCACACCAACAUGCGCAGACACCAGCGCAGAAUCCACGAGCGCCACUUACUGCCCAAGGGUGUCCGCAGGAAAGGCAUGCUGCUGCAGGAGAGCCCAUCUCAGCAGCAGCUGCAUCAUCUGCCUGAACAGUCCCCUAGCGUCAGCCCACCCCUCGUUUAUGUGCCCAGUGCAGACACUGAGGAUGAGGGGGACCGAGAGGAGUACCUGGUCGACAUAGCCAAUAACAUCUCGGAGAAUCUCAGCCUGUACAUCGACGGCAAGAUCCUGUCCACUAGUUCAGUCAGUGGCUGUGAGGUGAUCGAAGUGGACUCCAGUUCUGCAGCACUGUUUGGUCUUGACGCAGUGGUCAUCAGCCCCAAUCAGAUCAGUCAGACUCUCAAAGUGGAUACCAGGACAUGUGCUGUGAGGCAGGUCUCGAAUCUCGGCCAGCCCAUGUCGAAAAGGAGAACGUCGACACCCCCGCUCAUGCCAAGUCCUAAAAUGGAGUCUGAAACUGGGUCCUCUUCCGCCUCCUCUUCCUCCUCCACGUCUUCCUCAUCCGCCUUGUUGGUGGGAAGUGUCUUCCCUCAGUCCUCAGACUCAUUAGCAUUUCAAAAGGAGAAAACUAUCUAUCUGUCUCCUAAGCUCAAACAGCUCCUCCAGACUCAGACAGACAGUCAGAAACCUGCCAUUGCCCUGAUAGCAGAGAGGCACAGAUUAGCUCCCCCUCUCUCCGUUACGUCUCUGCCUGCAGCCUCAGGCAGGUUCAAGAGAAGAACAGCUUCCCCCUCAUCUCCACAGCUCAGCCCUGCGCUGAAAGCAAACGGCUGUAUGAACGAGGCGGGGGUCUCAUCGUACACCCUCAAGGUGCCAAAUCUGGAGACCCUGGGCAUGUCCCCUGCCUGGAGUCUGUCCAGCAAGGAGGAGAGGGACACACUGAGUCCCAGCGGGAAGAACGGGUGCAGCUGGUCUGCCUCUCGGACCGGAGGGAACUCGUGUAAUCAGCAGCCCUUGGAUCUGUCCAGCGGCAUCAGUAAGAGGAGGGACAGCUUCAACAAGACGCCCGGGGAGGUAGUGCUGGAUUUAAGCAUGAGUCGGAAGAGUACAGCGGAGUCUAAGGGAAGUCCAUCUCCGGCACAGCCCCCCACCAAGAAGAAGAAGCCCAACACCAGCAUGCUAGAGAAGGUGUUGAUGAACGAGUACGCCGGCUUAAACCCAGCAGAAGAGGAAGGCUCUUCUCCCCUGGGAAGCCCAGAUUCUCAGUAUACUGCAGGCAGUGGUACAGGUACCGCAUCUCACAGUCCCUCUUCCAAUCUGCCCUCUGAAUCAGCCCAUCCCUCUCCCCCCUCUCUAACGCCCGUCACGAUGAACCCCUCCUCCCCUUGCGGCUCCAGCCUGACCUCUCCAACGCCACCUCCCCCUGUCCUACCCACCAUGCCCUCACCAGACUGCCCUACGCUCAUCAGCUCUCUCCCUGUCCUCUCCCACAAAAUGCCCCCCAGAUCUAUCGACCAAGGUGAGGACGAGCCAGUUGGCGUAUCGAACUCUACCACAGCAGAGACGAUGUUAGCUGCAGUAAGUAACAGUUAUGGAGAUGAGGAACAUAUCAAUAAGCCAAUAGACUCUAAUCCAGAUCCCCUUACCAAGGAAGCUAUUUCAAGCCCCUCUACAGAGCCCUCCUUGGUAUCUGAUGCUGUCGCUCUGAGUCUGUCCUCAACACAAUCGAAACCUGCUAGGACUGGGAACCAGCUGGAUGUCCAAGUGAAUCAAGACCUGGAACCGAUUAUUACUGAGGGACAGGAGAAAUCCCAAUGCUCUGAACUCCCUGUAUUAUCAUCCGUAACAGAAUCCCUCCUCUCUGCCUCAUCGACCUCGCCUGCUGCCAUAUCGGAUAUCCCAGCUCCACCAGCGGUCUCCCCGCCAUCUCUCUCUAGCACUGUGAUUAAAGGGGAUCCCCAGCACAGUGAACAGCUGGCUGACUUAGUCCUUUCUCCUAGUGGCACAGGGUCUUCACCUCUGUCUGCUGCUGCUGACAAACCCUCGUCGUUGUCGGAGGAGGAAGAGGGAUCGCCGCCAGAGCCCUUCAGUAAGAGCUUUGUGUGUAAUGUAUGUGAGGACCCCUUCCGCGCCAUCAAAGAGCUCAGUCGGCACAUCCUAGAGCACGCUGCUGAGUGGCCCUACAAGUGUGAGUUCUGCGUGCAGCUGUUCGGGAACGCCCCUGCUCUGCUGGAGCACCGCACGGCCCUCCACGGCGUGGGGCGCGUCUUUGUCUGCUCCGUCUGCUCCAAGGAGUUUGCCUUCCUCUGCAACCUCCAGCAGCACCAGAAGGACCUGCAUCCCAGCCAGCUGUGCACUCACACAGCGGUGGAGAACGGCAAGCCCAGGCCACAGAACUACACAGACCCAGCCAGGGCCAAAGAGGAGAGUAACCCCUCCUCAACCGUAGCCACAGGGCCUGAGUCCUCUCCUGAAGUUGCUUCCUCCCAGGGGGUCUCUGAUGUGAAGAAAGAGGAGCCUGAUACUAACGGGAAGCAUGAGGAGGAUGGACUGGAGUACCUAACUGAAGAGCUGUACACUACUAUAAAGAUCAUGGCCUCUGAGGGAGGCAAGCCUAAAGGCCCAGACGUACGCCUGGGCAUUAAUCAACACUACCCCAGUUUCAAGCCACCCCCCUUCCCCUACCACAACCGCACUGCUGCAGGCUCUGUGGCCUCGGCCACCCACUUCACUACCCACAACAUCCCCCAGACAUUCAGCACUGCCAUCCGCUGCACCAAAUGCGGCAAGAGUUUCGACAACAUGCCCGAGCUGCACAAGCACAUACUAGCCUGUGCCAACGCCAGUGAUAAGAGGCGGUACACUCCCAAGAAGAACCCCAUCCCUCUGAGACAGAUAGUGAAGCCCCAGAACGGCUCUCUGUCGCCUGCCUCUGCAGCCAACGCAGGGCACAACGCUUUCCGCAGAAUGGGCCAACCCAAGAGGCUCAACUUCAACCAAGAACCGCUUGGCAAAACCAAGAUGAGUUCCCUCGGUAAGAAGAGCCAGCUGGUUCAGAAGGCCAUCGGGCAGAGGAAUGAGACUGCAGCUACUGUUAACAAGGCCCCUAGCCAGGUUAAACAGGAGGAGCCGCAAGAGCAGGAGGUCCACUUAUGCCCUCACUGCAGCCGAGAGUUCACCUACCCUGCCAGCCUCAAUAAACAUAUAGCAGGCAGCUGUCCCAUGAAGCCAGUCUCUAAGAAGGCCAAAAAGGGAGCCGCAACAGAGGCAACACCAGCUGUAGACAAAAACAUGAGCCUUCGACGGAGAACCACAGACUCUGAGAUCCAGCAGCCAGAACCGGCUGAGCCGGUUCCCAAAACGCUUAGCAAAACUCGGGCUCGCAACUCUGGACCUGGCCCUGCUGAGGCCCCACCACCGGUAGGUAAAGGAAAGAUGGCUGCCACACAGGUGUGCACCAAGAGGCCAGCCUCUUUCCCAGCAGCCACAGUUUCUCUCGGCAAGAAAAGUAAAAAAGGCAAAGUUCAAUCGUUACCCCCAACCCCGUUGCCCUCCGAGAGUCCCAGUGACUCUGCACUGCGGCCAGCAGCUCAGACAAAGCAACGCAUGGGCAAGGAAGUGCCACCCAAGAAGGGAGCGGAGGUGAAAUCGCCCCCACAGCAGCAGUCUCAGGUGCCGCCUAAGAAAGAAGGGGAACGGUUCUCUCUGAGAGCGAGGGAGCGAGCUGUCGGGCCGGUGACCCGGAGCCUACAGAUGGCCAACACUGCAGCUCCUGUGGAGGUGAAAACAGAUGACCUCUCCAGCCAGGAGCCUGAAGAGACCCAGGAGUACUUGCUGAAGUGAGCCAGGUAGAGAAAUGUGGAUUCUGAGGAUUAACAAGUCCCCGGCUAGGAGGAUGUCGCUGUGCUGGCUCGCCUCUGGGAAGAAACUCUGGCCUUCCCAAGAAUCAGACAGACGGACGGACGGACGGACACAGAGACGGACGGACACAGAGACGGACGGACACAGAGACGGACGGACACAGAGACGGACGGACACAGAGACGGACGGACACAGAGACGGACGGACACCGAGACGGACGGACACCGAGACGGACGGACACAGAGACGGACGGACACAGAGACGGACGGACACAGAGACGGACGGACACAGAGACGGACGGACACAGAGACGGACGGACACAGAGACGGACAGGAGGAUCUGGAGGUGUGCUGGCGCCAACACAAAAAAAGAAA